AUGAGAAGACCGUACAAAAACAAAAACUCGACGUUUGACAUUGAAAAUGUACUUAAAAAAGAUCCAUUUGACAUUUUUUGCAAUUGGUUUUCGGAGGCUUGUGAAGAUGAAAACGUGAUUGAACCAAACGCCAUGGCUCUUGCAACAUCUUCAAAACAAGGAAUACCAACUGUGAGAAUGGUUCUGUUAAAAGGAUACGAUGAUAAAGGAUUUACGUUUUUUACUAAUUACAAAAGCAGAAAGGGAACUGACUUGGAAUCUAAUCCCGAAGCACACUUGCUGUUCUAUUGGCCAUCUUUGCAUAGGCAGAUUCGCAUUGGAGGUUCAGUUUCAAAAUUAUCAGAAAUUGAAAGUGCUGAAUAUUUCAAAUUUAGACCAAGAGCAAGUCAGAUAAGUUGCUAUGUUAGUGAACAAAGUCAACCUGUUUCAGGAAAAAAUGAGCUGGAAGAAAGAAGAAUGCACGCUGAACAGCUGUUCGAAAAUAAAGAAGUUGAAAAGCCAGAAUUUUGGGGUGGAUAUAUUCUAACACCUAGAAACUUUGAAUUUUGGCAAGGUCAAACUGAUCGGUUUCAUGACAGGGUUUAUUUUCGCAAACUGCUGCAAGAUGAAGAUGCCAGCAAUAACUGCAUCAAGAAAGCAGAAAAUGGAUGGGUUUAUGAAAUUCUUUGUCCAUAA